GUUUGAGAAACUGAGUGACAAUCGAAGUACAACGAAUAUCUAUAGUUCAGUUUUUGUUACUAAGAAAAAAAAAAACUACAAUGGAAUUCAAUGUUAAAAAACUUGUAGGAGAUGCUGGAACUUUGUUUACACGAGCGGUUCAGUUUACUGAAGAAAAGUUAGGUACAUCUGAAAAGACUGAGUUAGAUGCUCACUUUGAAAAUCUUUCUCAAAGAUGUGAUUUAACAAAGUCAUGGACUGAGAAAUUAGUUAGGGAUGUUGAUUCUGUGCUCACGCCUAACCCAGGGAAUAGAGUAGAAGACUUUUUAAUGGAUAAAAUUGAAAGAAGAAGAUUAGCACGUCUGUCCAAUUUGGAUUAUUUAGGAGUAGACAUGGUUGAGGCUGGCAAUGAUCUAGGGCCUGGGACUUUAUAUGGUAGUACUCUGCUGAAAGUUGGACUUUGUCAGCAGAAACUGGGUGCUCUUGAACGUGAUUUUGCUACUUCUGCAACUCAAGCCUUUGUUGAUCCUUUGAAAAAGUUUAUGGAAAGUGAUUUGAAAUCAAUAUUAAGAGAAAGAAAGUUACUUGAAUCUAAGCGCCUGGAUUUGGAUGCUGCAAAAAAUCGCCUUCGAAAAUCAAAGACACAGUCUAGUCGACAAAUGGCUGAACAAGAGGUAAAUUUUGCCCAGAUAGAAUUUGACCGUCAGUCUGAGGUAACUAGGCUGUUACUUGAGGGAAUUGGACCUGCUCAUACUUCUCACUGUAAACAUCUACAAGAUUUUGCAGCCGCCCAAGCACGUUAUUUUCUAGCCUGCAGUGCAACUCUUCAACAAUUACAAAAAGAAUUGGGUGCUCUUAGCUUGCAAGUUAGCACCUCUGAUAUCACAUUUAAUAAUCCUAGUACACCUGGAUUAUCUGAACGUAGGAAAGCUCGCGUUAUCUGUGAUUACGACAGUCAAGAUAUUACCGAGUUAUCACUUAUUGCGGGAGAGGUUAUUGAUGUUGUAAGCACUAUUCCCAAUGACCCAGAUUAUGUACAAGCGGAAAGAGGACACCAAGCAGGAAAAAUCCCUUCAAGUUACUUGGAAUUUAUUGAUCAAUCUCAUAGUUCAUGAUAUAUUCAAUUUUAAUGUUCACUUAAUAUUAAAAGCUAAAUAAAUUAAUAUAAAAUUUGAA